UCUCGUAUAUAAAAAUAUAUGCGUACACAGUGAACCUCAUUUCCUCGAUCAUCUCAUUUCCCCAAGUGUUAACAGGGAAAGGGAAUAGAGUAAUAUAUGGGAUCCCAGAAAGGAGUAGUAGUGAGCUCUGAUUUGCUUCCAGUUGGGUUUAGGUUUAUGCCAACAGAUGAAGAGCUGGUCACUCACUAUCUAAUGAACAAAGCUUGUUCCAGAGCUGUACCAGUUGCUGAUGCGAUUCAGGAGAUCGAUGCGACUCGGUUUUACAGCAACCAUCCGAAGAAUCUAGUGACGUUCUCUGAUGGAGAGAGGGAGUGGUUCUUCUUUAUUCAUGAAGACGAUGAAAGUUGCAGCAGCCGUGCCCAGAGAAAAAGAACUGUUCGAGAAGUCGGAAACGGGUUAGGGUUUUGGAAACCGAACGGAUCAGAAAACCCGAUCUACAAUGAAGAUGGAAACGUUUUUGCCACCAAGAUCUACCUCACUUACUUCUCCGGAAGUUGUCACUCCAAUAAACCAAAGAGAACCCACUGGAAAAUGGUCGAGUACCAUUUACAGAUAAGAAGAGAAUGGGUAGUGCUGGGAAGAUUACAAAGAGGAAUGGAUUACACUGGUUUUUGAGGAUUGAUCAUUUAUUUAUUCUUUACAUUUUUGGCAGCCAAUAGUUAUUUCAUUCAUUGAAUAAGGCUGCGAGUAUUUGUCAUUCUUUUUUAUUCAACAAAAUUUUGUCAUACGCACAUAUAUACCCCCAUUUGUAGGUAUAUUGUUACAAUAA